UUUUAGCGUAGUCUUUUUUCAUUUUCAUUUUUUUUUAUAUGGAAACUGAAUUAAUAAACACGUUAGAUAGCAUAUCGAAUAAAGAAGGUGUUCGUGGAGUGUUAGUUGCUGAUGAAAAGGGUCUUUGUCUUGGAGUCAGAGGCAUUGCUCAGUCAGAAUCAGCUGCAUUCAUUACUUCUAUUGCGAAUGCAGCACGCCAUCUUGACAUGGCACAAGAAGACAAAGUAGAAUGUCCUACUAUUAACCUUGAAUAUGAAAACAACAAAGUAGUGAUUCGUAAUGAAGGUACUUUUACAUUGGCUAUCUUUAUGUAAACUAUAUAUUACACAGUCUUAUUUUUUAUUUUAAAAUACAACAUAUCUAAUCAAUCUA